AUGUCCAAACGACGCGUCUCGUACUUUUAUGACCCCGACGUUGGCUCAUAUACCUACGGCCUGGGUCAUCCAAUGAAACCUCAUCGAAUCCUAAUGGCUCAUGAAUUAAUCUCCUCUUACCCAUCUCAUCUGCUCCUUUCCCAUCCUUCACUAACUCACUUUCGACCUCCACGCGCAUCCGCCCAACAAAUGACUGCUUUUCACACAGAUGAAUAUGUUCAUUUUCUUAGUCGGGUAACACCAGAGACUAUGGAUGAACUAACAGGAAGAGGAACGCAGUUCUUGGUUGGUGAUGAUAAUCCUGCUUUCGAGGGUAUAUGGGAAUUCUGUACGAUCUCUGCUGGAGGUAGUCUCGGUGCCGCGAAGAGGAUAAACGAGGGUCGCUCGGAUAUCGCGAUUAACUGGGCUGGAGGACUCCAUCACGCAAAGAAACGAGAAGCUUCAGGUUUCUGUUAUAUCAACGACAUCGUUCUCGCCAUUCUGGAUUUGUUGAGAGUCUUUCCAAGGGUGCUAUACGUCGACAUCGACUGUCAUCAUGGAGACGGUGUUGAAGAGGCGUUUUAUACCACAGAUCGAGUGAUGACUUGUAGUUUCCAUAAAUACGGCGAGUAUUUUCCUGGGACAGGGACGCAAGAGGAUAGAGGGAGAGGCAAAGGCCGUGGAUACGCUCUCAACGUUCCAUUGAAGGACGGAAUGAGCGACGAAACGUUCAAAAGUGUCUUUGAUCCUGUCCUAGAACGCAUCCUAGCAGUUUUCCGACCGUCAGCGAUAAUUCUGCAAUGUGGCGCCGAUUCACUUAGUGGAGACAAGCUCGGAUGUUUCAAUCUUACAAUGCAAGGUCAUGCGCAUUGUACUUCGUUCCUUCGGAAAUUCAAUAUUCCACUCAUUCUAUUAGGCGGGGGAGGGUACACGGUGAAGAACGUUGCUCGGGCAUGGUGCUACGAGACAGCAUGUGCUUUGGGAGUACAACAUGAACUCGUACCAGAGGGUGAAGAGGGAGGUAUGAUGCCCUGGAAUGAGUAUUUCGAGUGGUUUGGGCCGCGCUAUCGACUCGAAGUUGUGAAAAACAAUAUGGAGGAUGUCAAUCUCCGGAUAGCCGACCCAAGUCAGGAUUCGGAGGAUUCACCGGAUAAUUCUACGCAUCGGAUACCAAUUCCUCACGAUGUUGGCAGGUCCUGGAAACAAACAGAGAUUGAUCGAGUACGUGAACGGGCGUUGCAGCAAAUUAAGGAGUUAGAAGGUCGGAUCGGGGCACCAAGCGUACAGAUGAUGGAUGUGCCGAGGGAGAAUGUGGCAGAGCAUACAGGAUUUUUCAAUGGCAGCAAGGAGGGGCAAGAGAGGCAGAUGGAGUGGCAGGAUGAGUUAGAUGUUAGAUUGGCUCAACACUCUAGAUUUGUAUACCACCUGCAAUCCCAAACCUCAUCUUACUACUCAAAUCGACAUCGACAUCUAUCUCCAUCCUCAUCCCAAUCAUCACCUUCUACCUCCGAUGACGAACGCGACAUGUCGGACGACGACCGUGAAUAUGACUCUGACAACUCAUAUUACUCAUCUGCUAUACGAUCCACGCGCUCGACGAGGUCACAAGCGCGAAACGCUCUCAAUACAAAUGACAGUAAAGGAGGAGACUCCUCACGGCGUUCCCAGCAGCCUCAGCCGCAAUCUUCGUCCACAUCCUCAGCUUCAGCAGCGCGAAAACGAAUGUCAAUCCUGACGAAUAUGGUCUUUGAUAUCUCAUUGUGUUCUGGGGAUACUACUACGACAAUGACUGCAGAACAGUAUGUGGGGAGUAAGGAUGGCAAGAUGGGGAGGAGGAGAUUCUUUUUUGAUACAGGGAUCGGUUCAGAGCUAGGAGGGAUGAACGGACUUCAAGCAAACGGUAUACAUGGUACCGGCACCCUCCCUUCCUCUCGUGGUGCUUCGCCCUUUAUCACAGGUGGUGGUAGUGUUUCCGCUCGAUCUGUACGAGAGGCUACAGAAGACUUGGGCGAUAUGGGUGAUGAGGAUACAGUGAUGAUGAUAGAUUCGCGAGCUGGAACACCUAGAGGAACAUCGAGGGGAAUGUCGAGGGAAAUGUCGAGAGAGAUAACGAGGAAUGGGUUAAGGGGAGUCAAUGGAUUGGGAGAAGAGAGGGAAGAGCCUGGUGAGAUGAAAAUGUUGGACGUGAGAAGGUAA